AUGAAGAAAGCUAGCAGGACGACCGUGUCAGCACCCAGACCGGCGGGGACAGCUAAGAGCAAGCCAGACGGCCUGACAGGAGGCAAGCUUUCCAAGCCCAGCACAGCCUCGUUGACCAAGGCCAAAAGCAAUGAUGACCUCUUGGCCGGCAUGGCUGGAGCGCCAGGGACAAGCAGCAUGAAAGGGAAGAAGACAUGCCCGGCGGUGGCCUCGGCCUCCAGCGUCCUCGCCGCGAGCGCUGUGGAGAACAAGGCCAAGCCCAGCACAGGCACGAGCUCCAAAAGAAACACGUCUGCCGGGAGCAAAGAGCCCAGCUCCGCUCGUGAACGGCUGCGGGAGCGGCCUCGUCUGAGCCUGAGCAAGAGGGUGCCCGCCGCAGGCCAGGGCCCUGGCGAUCCUGCACUGGCACUGACCAAGCGCUCCCGGAGCCGCGGGAGUGCCGAGACGGACGUGCGCAUGAGCAAGUCCAAGUCAGACAACCAGAUCAGUGACAAGGCGGCCCUGGAGGCCAAGGUGCAGGACCUGCUGGGGCUGGCCAAAGCCAAGGAUGUGGAGAUCCUCCGCCUGCAGAACGAGCUGCGGGACAUGCGGGGGCAGCUGGGGCUGUGCGAGGAGCCCCCAGAGGGCGCGGCCCAUGUGGAGGCCACCUUGCUGCAGCUCCAGGACCAUAACACCACCGUCCACCAGAAACUCAGCCGGCUGAAGAACGAAAACAGGAUGCUCAAGGACCGCUUGAAUGCCCUGGGCUUCUCACUGGAGCAGGGGCUCGACCAGCCCGAGAAGCUGUUUGCCUGCCAGUCCUUGAGCCCUGACAUGACGGCGCCGGUGGCAUUGGUGAGCGGCAGCCCCGGCGACGGAGGUGGGGGCGCGCUGGCCUCGUCGGCUGAGGGCUCAGCCCAGGGCUCCCUGGAGGACCUGCUGAGCCCGGAUGAGCCGGCGCCCAUGGGCCGCCCGCAGAGCGCGUCCCUGGACAACCUGGACAGCGAGUGCAGCGAGGUGUACCAGCCGCUGACGUCGAGCGAUGACGCCUUGGACGCGCAGGGCUCCUCGCGCUCCCCGUCGGCCUCGUCCUCAGGCUCGGAGGCCGAGGGUCCACGGGGCCGGGGGCGGCAGCGGCGGGGGACACGGGAGCAGGGUGAGGCGGCCUCGGUGGCAUGCCUGACGGAGCGUCUGCAGCAGAUGGAGGAGAACCAGCACAGCACAUCUGAGGAGCUGCAGGCCACACUGCAGGAGCUGGCCGACCUGCAGCAGAUCUCACAGGAGCUGGGUGGCGAGAACGAGCGUCUGGGCGAGGAGCGGCUGCUGCUGCUGCAGUCUCUGUGCCAGCAGAGCGAGCGCCUCGAGCUCCUGGGCCGCCAGCUUGAGUACCUGCGCUCGCUGCUUGACGAGCACCACGUCGCCUACGUGCUCGACGAGGAUGUCAAGAGCGGCCGCUACCUGGAGCUGGAGCAGCGCUUCCUGGAGCUGGCGGAGAGUGCACGCUUUGAGCGCGAGCAGCUGCUGGGUGUGCAGCAGCACCUCAGCGCCGCCCUGCAGAUGGCCGAGCAGGACAACAAGGACGCGCAGGAGCUCGUCGGCGCCCUCAAGGAGCGCAACUUGCACAUGGAGCGUGCCCUGGAGGCCGAGCAGAAGAACAGUGCCUCCCUGGCUGCUGCCCUUGAGCAGCACCAGGCCACCAUGGCUGGAGACCAGCUGGAGCUGGGCCGCCUGCGUGCCCAGCUUGAGAGCGAGAAGCAGCGCGUGGCUGAGCUCUAUUCCCUCCACAGUGCAGGGGACAAGUCGGACAUCCAGGACCUCUUGGAUGGCGUGCGCCUGGAAAAGGACAAGGCCGAAGCCCUAGCUAGCGGCCUGCAGGAGGACCUGAACCACGCCCGGGCCGACGUUGCCCGUCUGCAGGACGCCAUCGCCAAGGUCCAGGAGGAGUAUGGAGGCUUCCAGGAAGAGGCCCAGAAGAAGAUGGGAGAGCUGAAUAUGGCCUUGGAGAAGCUGCGCUCCGAGCUGGAGGAGAAAGAGACAGAGCGAGGAGACAUGAAGGAGACCAUCUUUGAGCUGGAGGACGAGGUGGAGCAGCACCGAGCCGUGAAACUCCAUGACAACCUCGUCAUCUCCGACUUGGAGAACACUGUCAAGAAACUCCAGGACCAAAAGCAUGACAUGGAUAGAGAGGUCAAGACGCUUCAUCGAAGGCUGCGGGAGGAGUCGGCCGAGUGGCGGCAGUUUCAGGCUGACCUGCAGACGGCUGUGGUCAUAGCCAAUGACAUCAAAUCUGAGGCUCAGGAGGAGGUUGGGGACCUGAAGCGCCGCCUCCAGGAGGCCCAGGAGAAGAACGAGAAGCUUACCAAGGAGCUGGAGGAAAUAAAGUCCAGAAAGCAAGAGGAGGAGCGGGGCCGCGUCUACAACUACAUGAACACAGUGGAGAGAGACCUGGCCGCCUUACGCCAGGGCAUGGGCCUGAGCAGAAGGUCGUCAGCGUCCUCUGAGCCCACCCCGACGGUGAAGACCCUCAUCAAGUCUUUCGACAGUGCGUCACAAGGACCAACCCCAACCCCGGCUGCCGCAAUGCCUCGAACCCCCCUAAGCCCAAGUCCCAUGAAGACCCCCCCAGCUGCUGCUGUCUCCCCGAUGCAGAGGCACUCUAUGGGCGGCUCCUUAUCUACCACCAAGCCCCUGCCUGCUCUGUCGGACAAGAGGCCAAACUACGGAGACCUUCCCUGCCAGGAGCGUUUGUUACGCACCGGGUCAGUCAGCAGGCCGGCGCCAUUAUUGAGAGUCCCGGCCAUGGAGGGCACCAAGUCUAUCUCAGCAUCUUCCCGCCGGAGUAGUGAGGAAAUCAAGCCAGAUGGACCCUCUGCAGCCUCCCUGAUGGCAAUGGGCCCAGCGUCCCCUCAGCUCUCUCAUCCCUCCCCCACAGCAUCCGUGACCCCGACCGCCCGCAGCCGCAUCAGGGAGGAGAGGAAGGACCCCCUGUCAGCCCUGGCCCGAGAGUAUGGAGGCUCCAAGAGGAACGCCCUGCUGAAGUGGUGCCAGAAGAAGACUGAGGGCUACCAGAACAUCGACAUUACCAACUUUAGCAGCAGCUGGAAUGACGGCCUGGCCUUCUGUGCCCUCCUGCACACCUACCUGCCUGCCCACAUCCCCUACCAAGAGCUAACCAGCCAAGACAAGAGAAGGAAUUUCUCCCUGGCCUUCCAGGCAGCAGAAAGUGUUGGCAUUAAAUCCACCCUGAAUAUCUGUGAGAUGGUGCGGACGGAGCGUCCGGACUGGCAGAGCGUCAUGCAAUACGUGACGGCCAUUUACAAGUACUUUGAAACCUGAUGCUGCUGGCCGAGGGUCCCCGUGGGACCCUUUUACUGGCCAGCCCAGGGUCCUGGCUGGGCCCUGGCUGGACCAAGAGCCGGCCGUGCCUUUCAUCCAGACCUUGCUGCAGAUCCGGUCCUCGGGAAGGACCCCAGGAAGGGGGGGUGUGCCAUGCAGGGCCUGAGCUCAUCUGCUCACCUGCCUUCCCCACUUACUUUGGCGUGGCUGCCAUAGAGAUAAAUGCGUGGGAUGAAUGAAGAACAUUUUCCGUGAUGCGCGACCCCUGCCCUGCUCCUCGCACCCAGCAGGCUCUGGUCCUGGCACCAGCCCACGCUGUACUCCUACCAGAGUUCAAUAGCAUUCUAGUAAUGAUAAAGCUACUACAGCGUGGCCGCACCGGAGCCAGGGAGUAGGUGUAAAGGAAGGAAGAAAAGGGAAAACCCAGCCCUCUGGGAACUCUGAGUGGGAUCGCUGGAGGCUCACCCCACCUGGGCCUGAGCUGUAGAAAGUGCCUUUCCUCUCUCUCCUUGGAGGCUGAGCCGCUCCCUGCGGCUUCCUUGAGAUCUGGCCUCACCCCAGGGACGUUGGCAGGCCAGAGCCCACGGGCUGUGUGUGCCUGCCCUUUCCCCAUGCCCACUCACCUCAGAAACUGUUGAGCAGGAGCCUCCCUUGCACGUGGGUCCCCCAGGCCAUAGCUUGGCCUGCUCUCCGAGAUGCCCGGCCAACAUGUGUUUGGGAGGUCCAGCAAAGGAAGGAGGGAAAGAGGAGGGGUGCUUGUGUGACAGAUGGAUGGUGCGUGCUCUUGGUACCAGGACCUGGGCCCAGAUGGCCCGAUUCAGGCUUCAGCGCCAACAAGUUCUGGGUUCCACUGACGGAGGAGUGUUCACCUUCCGGGGGUUACUUUUGGAGCCACCCAUGGCGUCACCUGGGGGCCAGAGCAGAAGGAAGAGGGAGUUCCCAAUCAGAAAUGAGCAGACCCUUCCCCUGGUGUGGGCCACAGCCACGGUUCCUGGGCCACGGGGGUUUCCAACCACCGAGAAGCUUCUCAUGGACUGUCCUUUUUAUUUUGUUAACUCUUUCUGAAUGUAUUAAACGGUUACACACUUUA